AUGUCCAUCACUCCUUUGGAGGAACGCGUAAAAUCCACCUGGAAUGUGGUGUCCAAGUUAGUUGCGCAACGAGACAUGGAUUCAGCGCAGGAUUACCUGCAUGAUCUUAAGGAUGCACGUUUUUGGCGAGCAAGAAAGGAGAUUCUUCGUUGCUUUGACAACGUAUUAAACAUAAUUGAAAACCGGAAGGAUGUUUUGCGUGGACAUGGAAGCGAGUACGAUUUCCUGUUCAAGAUCUGGUCUCCUUGCUCGAAUCAUUAUUUGCCGGAACAAUCAUCCGUUUAG